AAUCACAAUUUCAUCGAUAUGCGCAAUCAGUUCUCUUUUUAGAUUUGUGUAUCUGUAAUCAUCAUAUUAUGGUUAUUUGGUUAAAAUGUGAAAGUAGUAAAUCCAUAGAAAAACUAAAAUAAAUCACACAAAACCAUCUGACUCAUUGAUUGACCAUAUGUUUGUGUUGGGAUAAUAAUAUACAUUACUUUAUUCAAAAUGGUUAAUAACACAAUACCAAAAGGUUGGAAAGGGUGUCCUGAAAAUGGAAAUUCACUGAUUUUAGGUAAAUUUAUGGCACUAAAAACUCCUUUAUCUAAUUGCUAUAGAAAUAAAAUGCACCAUAGUGAAGAAUAUCCGCCUGUUGAAAUUUUUACAAGAGCUGAACGCAAUAAGGUAAAAAUAGGUCUAUGGAUAGACUUGACAAACACAGAUAGAUACUACGAUAAAUCUGAAAUUAAACAACAAGGAUGUGAAUAUGUAAAAUUAAGCUGUUCAGGCCAUGGAACAUGUCCGUCCAUCAGCGAUACGAGAAGAUUUAUAUCUCUAGUGCAUAAUUUUAUCUUAGAAAGACCACAAGAAUGUAUAGCUGUCCAUUGUACACAUGGAUUUAACAGAACAGGUUUCUUAAUUGUUGCAUUUCUUGUUGAAAAGUGUAACUUUGAUGUGAGGCAUGCUGUUGAAGCCUUUGCUACUUCAAGGCCACCAGGUAUAUAUAGAGGUAAUUAUAUCACAGAAUUGUUUAGGAGAUAUGGAAAUAGUUCAGAGGCACCUCCACCCCCUCCACGACCGAAGUGGGCACAUAAAUAGUUUUUCAUAGCAGAAAAUCUGAUAAUCAAAUUUGAAAAUGUGUAAUUAUAUGUAUAAACGUUAACUGCCAUGAUUUUUGUUUAUAGGUAAUAUUGUAAAUUGUUUUGUUUAUUAUAAAGAUUUCAUUUAUAUGUCGUUAUAUUAAUUUAUAUUUCAAGAUUUUUCUAAUAGAGGGCU